AAGUAGCUGCCAGUCUCCUGUAUGUGUCAUCAUUACUCUCCUCUACAGGUAUAAAUUUAUAAACAUAACAGUUACCUCAAAACGAUGUGUAAAUAAAAAUAAUCCAAAAAAAAUUGGUAACUUUAAAUAGAUCGAACAAAUAAAAUAAUUAAAAUAUUAAAUCAAAUUAAACAAAAUGGUUGCUAAAAACGAAUAUCCAAAGGCUGCAAAUGCAGUAGUAUACGGGGGUAUAUUACUAUAUAUAGCUGGAAUGUGUUUGAUGAUUUCAUUUUGCAGCCCCUACUGGAUUCAAUCGUUUGAAGAAACAUUUUCCGAUUUUAAACAUAUGGGAUUAUGGCAAUAUUGUUUCCACGAUUUCAGAUAUCCUUAUUAUCAAUUCAAUCAUUUAUUUGAUGGUUGCCAUUAUAUUUUUAGUCAGGAAUAUUAUGUGAUUCGUGAAUGGUUAUUGCCAGGAUGGUUAAUAUUUGUUCAAGCGUUUGUUACCAUGGCAUUUAUUUUAAGUUUUGCAGCCCAAGGUUUAAUUGCUUUAAUAAUCACACGAUAUCCUUUAGAGUUUGUGUUACGUUAUGAAUGGCUUCUAAUUGGAAUGUCAUUUAUUGGAAGUAUUGUUUCUGCUGUCUUCCUAUCGUUAGCGGUUAUUAUAUUUGGAUUCUCAUGUUAUCGACGUGAUUGGAUUAUGUAUCCAAAUUUCAACUAUGUGAGUUGGUCAUUCUAUUUUGCCGUAAUUUCAAUGUUUUUCCAUUAUUUCUCAGCGUUUGCAUUGUAUAAUGAGACGAAACGAAGCUAUGAACGUCGACGUGAAUCAAAGAAUUUGGUAAUGCAAAUGCAUCCUGAACCACAAAGUAGAGCUAGUUAUUACUAAGGCAACAAUUUAUUAUUCUUAUAAAAAAGUAUUUACAGAACAAAAAUUUUUUAUUAUAAAAUUGUUUUAAUCUCUUUAAUGACGUCAAAUUGUACACGAAUGUUAAUUUUUUUGUGCUAACACUAAUUAAAUAGUUACAUUUUAGUCACGUAAAAGACAUAACUGUUAAAAUUAAGCUUGCAACAAACUUUGAAUCUCUUUAAAUGACAGCGUAUUUUUGAUAUUUCUUCAAGGGCGGAUGUAGAUAUAAAUUAUGUUCGAUUGUGUAUUUGACGCCUAAAAUUUUAACUAAAAGCAGCAAAUGCAAGUAUGUUGAUAAAAAAAGCGUAUGAGAAGCUAUUGUAAAACUUGCAGUUAUUGCUUUUAUUGCUUGUAUCUUAAUCCGCCCUUGUAUUUCUUAUUGACGAAUUAUAUAAAUAUUUAUUACAUGUUUCAAUCGAAAUAGUACAAAAAUUUUAUCAAUUGUUGAAUAAUUGAAUUUAUUAAAUAUUUGAUUCUAAAGCUGAUAUAGUUCGAUUGUACAGUGUUAGUGCAAGUUCAGAUUUUCGUUAAAAUAAAAAGGAAUAUUUCAUUUAUUGAUCCGUAACAGUCAGUAAUUUACGAAUUCUUUAGAGUCAAGUAAAAUUUUACCGAACUUUAAUUUGUAUUUUGUAUGAUCGAACUUAUCCCUCAAACUAUAUUGAAUGCCCGGAUACACGGAAAAUAUUUUUUAUAUUUUUGCUCUGAAAAUAUGUUUCAUACACGAAUGUUAAUUAUUGAAAGAAUUUUGAUCACCAAUGCUUAAUGUUGAAAUGUGAAAAAGUAUAAACUUCUGCAAUUGCAAAUUAUUUUUCCGGCCUCUAUAACGACGAAAGUUUUUACCAAAAUUAUUGAAUUGAGUGUCUUAAAAACGAGCCUUUCAUUUAAACUCUGUUAAAUUUGAAAGUUAAAUGUUCUAGUUUUAUGUUAAAUGUAAACUGGUAAUGCCCGUUAUGGGAUUUUAAUGCUAAGAAAUACUCUAUCUAGCGAUAGAAAAAAGAAAUAAACACAUUAAAAUGUAAAAUGAAGUAGGUAUCUUUUUUCUUUGCAUUCAAUGGAAAAAUCAGCUGAGACAUAAUAGGUAUAGAUUAAAUUUUUUUUAGUGGCGUCGACAUCUUAGCGUUAAAAUCCUAUAAAAACUACUUAUAAUAUUGAGUAACAAAAAUACUCAUUUACUUGUUGAACUAUUAAAAACUAGUUAUGAUUGUAAAGUCUGUCCAUAAUAAUAGCGAUAUCAGCCGAUCAUUUGUUACUCAGUUUUCUACGUAGUUCUAACUGGAGUGGUAAAAACGGCAAUAAAGGAUGUAUAAAAUGGUGAUUAUGGAAAUAUAUGCAACGUAUUUUAUGUGAUAUAGAUAGAUCUGAUUAAAAGUUAUAGAGCAGUUUUGAAACAUUUCAGAACAAAUUGUGAGAUAUAUUCUCGUUAAUAUUCAUAAUGUAUAUUUUUUUACUUCUUGACCAAUUUUUUCGAAUACUGUUUAAAAAAUUUAUUGCAAUAGAUUUAAAAAAAGAAGAAUAUAAUUAUUAAUUAAGUACAUUUAAUAAAAUUAAUGUUCGUCUCUUAUAAAUGAAGAAUUUGUGAGGGCUUUAAAAAAAAUGUAUCUCAACGGUUUCUAUAUAUUAUGUACAUGUAUUUCAUUUUUGUGCAUAUUAAAACACGCAAGUUAUGCGAAAAUCAGUGUUUCCAACAAAUUAUUCCUUAAAAUCUUACGAGUACCCGUAGUGGAGAACUUUACUUGGACUUUGUAUCUAUAAUAUGUUGGGUAUCUAUUAUGAUUUGGUGAUCAUAAACUUAAAUCAGUGGGACUUAAGUUCGGGUUUAGCAUAAAAAAGCGAGGUCGCUCAGCCUGUUAAUUUAAUACCCGUUAUUACUUUAGGGUUACUGAAUAAAAAAGUAAUAUUUCUUAAUAAAUUAAAAUCUCCAUAAUUUCUAAAUGAAAAUAUAAUCCUUUUAAGGAUAAAUCCCCCAAGUUGGUAACACUGGGUCGUAAAUUUCGGAUUUGUAAGUUAAUUGAGUAUACUGUAAUUGUAUGUAUGGAAAGUCAUACAAUAUUACUCUCGUUUUAAAUUUGAAUCUGACACUGGGCUCAAGUAAUCAAGGAAGGGCAUUGUUUCUGCCAGUGUGUAUUAAAUCUUACUUGCGUUGUUGUAAAACAAGGUGAAACAGUAAUAUCAUCUAACUUAACGUAUAAAAAUUCACUACAAAUCCGAAACAUAGUUAUUGUCGAAUGCACUAAAAAUAUAUAUUUAAAAAAAGGUUUUUAUAUAAAAAUUUGUCCGUCCAAAAAAAUUUCUUUUGUAUUU